AUGCGCUUCUCCCUCGCUGCCGUCGCGGCCGCCCUUGCUGCGGUUCCCCAGGCCACGGCCACCUUCAAUGUCGAUGAGUGGGAUAUCCUCGCGGGCAAAGCGCUGCUGAAACAGGUGGAGUACCAGUUCGUCAAGCCCCGGUACUUCAACAGCACGUGUACGCCUCACAAUGCUGCCGUCCGUCGCGAAUGGGGUGCACUGAGCAAAAGAGAGCGCAAGGAGUACAUUGACGCAGUUCAAUGUCUGAUAGACUCCCCGUCCAAGAUCGAUCCUUCAUUUGCUCCUGGUGCGCGCACUCGGUUCGAUGACUUUGUUGCUGUGCACAUCAACCAGACUUUCUUUAUCCACACAACUGGCAACUUCCUGACAUGGCACCGCUACUUCACCUGGGCCUACGAGCAGGCCCUGCGCAACGAAUGUGGCUACAAGGGCUACCAGCCAUACUGGUCCUGGCCCAAGUACGCCGAUGACCCCCUCAACUCUCCCAUAUUCGACGGCUCCGAGUACAGCAUGUCGGGUGACGGCUCCUACGUUCCGCACGACGGGCCCUUAGCGGCGCCAGGUAUCACCCUGCAGCCUGGUAACGGUGGUGGCUGCGUUACGUCAGGACCCUUCAAGGACUUCACUGUAAACCUCGGCCCCCUUGCUCCCACCCUCCUCGUCGAUGGCGUCACAGCCCAGAACGGCACUGGCCUCGACUACAACCCCCGCUGUCUCCGCCGCGACAUCAACGUUGAGGCCGCUUCCUGGACCACAAUCGACAAGGUGCUCGACCUCUUCAACCGCACCACCAUCGGCGAAUUCCAGGAUCGUCUGCAGGGCGAUUUCCCCAACGGCUACCUGGGCGUGCACAGUGGCGGCCACUACACCAUCUCCGGUGACCCUGCGGGUGACUUCUUUGCGUCUCCUGGCGACCCUGCCUUCUAUCUGCACCAUGCUGCCAUCGACCGUGUCUUCUGGACGUGGCAGAACCUUGCCCCCCGCGAGCGCACUUUCGUCGUGGAAGGCCCGACUGUUAUGCCGGGUCUAGGCAUCGACGGUCCGGAUGCGACACUGGACGACGUGCAGUACUUUGACGUUCUUGCAAAGGAUGCGACAAUUCGCGAACUGCUCGAUACGACCGGUGGGCCGUUCUGCUACAUCUACCUUUAA